AUGGACCCAGUCGCGUUCGCGUGCCCUCGCGCGCACAUACGGCAGCUGAGGCCAUCUGCCAACACGAAUAUUAUAUGCUUGCAGUCAUUUACUAUGCCUCAGAAUCAGUGGUCUUCAAGCAUACAUGAGUACAAACUUACACUAGGACACGAUGACAUAGAAAAUACUUACCCAGAACGAAAAAUUAUGAUUGAAAUCGAUUGUAUAGGGACGGGGCGACAACGUUGGGCCGUGGUCAGGGCGCUGCUGCGUGCUUGUUGUUUGCCACCACCUGACAGCCUCAACCAACUUAUUGAUCCACAUUCAGCUUACGAGGAACGAUCUCCUACCUCGGAGCACUCGUGGAGGCGGCGGAAUGACCGUUCUAAACGAUCUCAUCAUCGGCGUUCGCCUACCUCACAUCGCCGGAGGAGACAUCAUCGCGACGAGUCAUCACCGCGUUCACCUCCUGAACAGCUAACAUGCGGGACUGGUUUGGCAUGCGAUUGCGCUUGCGCAUGCGCCUUCGUCCGUGAAGACGCGCGCGAGAGACGGCGACCUCUUCGCACUUGCGCCCGUUCUAUUUGUGUUCGCCUUCGUCACUCGGUACGCCUUCAGUCAGUCGCAAAGCUCAGCCGGCCGCCCAACGCGUAUUUGCACCGAAUAUCUAACCGUCCACGCCGCGGGCGGCCAGUGCGCGCCAUGGCUGCCCAACCGCCGCGUCCACCUCCCAACAAUUUACUCUUUAGCGGCCCCCCACCUAUUUUACCGCGUGUGGUACUUGUGCCGAGUAUCGCUGCAUUAAAUUAUACUACCCCAGACACUUCAUAUGAUGUUGUCCUUGACCAAAGCAACCAUGCAGAUGACUUAGGUGAAAUAAACAACGUGGGUGUGCCUACAUAUGAUGACCUGUGUUGUGAUGAAGCAGAGAAACAUGUUUUCGAGAAAAAUCCUGUUCAAGAACAGCUAUGUGAUACAGAUAUUUUUUUACGGCGGGCGCGAAGUUUUGAUAUUGCAGAUAUUUAUGAGACAAACAAUAACUAUGAAUUAAACGAUCAUGUAUUUAGACAUCGGAUAUCUGAACCGGAUUUAUCAAAGUAUGGACUAUUUGUUGAAGCUGAAAUAUCUGUGCAGCCUUUACAACCUCCACCUCUUGUUUUAAAUAAUCCUUUUUAUGAUGGUUCUUAUGCUUUAACAUCUAAUGAUUAUAAUGAUAAUGUGGUCAUGUUACCUGAAAGUUAUAUGGCAUUUGAAGAUUCUUUUGUCCCAACAUGGGACUAUAAAUCAGAAUACGUUACAAACCAAAAUAAUAAUCCUGGUUUACAUUACGAUGGUCUUCCUCUCAUACCACCUAAUGACCCGUGGUCAACGUACGGAAAUAUUAAUACAGCAUUUGAGUACUAUACACCGCAGUUCGAAAUUCCGACACAAGAGGGCGUUCAGUAUAUGCGCUUGAGUGAUUUAGAGUAUGCAAUGCCCCAAUAUAUGAGUCUUCCUAUGAUUGAUCAAGUGACAAUACGUGAGCCUUGUAUUGUUGAAGAUAACAAAAUAGAAAUGGAAACUAAACAGGAGCAAAAUGUAGACAAUAAAUCUAAAUUAGAAUGUAUCGAAAAUGAUAUACAAGAAAAUAAAUCGUCUUUUGCAGUAGAAAAUACAAGUAAUCCUUUAAUUAAUGAAAAAAAGAAUACUUCAGAAUCCAUCAAUAAUAGAGAAUCGUCACGUAGUGAAGAAUCUUUAAUUGCGGAUAUUUCUAAUGAUGUAACAUCUAGUUUAGCCUUCAUGCCAAGCAGUAAAAGUUCACAACAGCCUUGUGGUAUUGAUGACACUAGUGAUGACACUUCUCCAUGUUCAACUGACUAUCACGAAGCAUCUGCUCUUGAUUUGGCUCAAAGUUUAGAUGAAUUGUCUUGUUGUGACAGCACCGAUUUCUCACAAAGUAGAGAUGAGCCGUCACCAAUUAGUGGGGAUAAGUUAGAUGAAGUUCAACCAGUGAAAUUUGUAAAUAAAGGUGAAUGCAAUGGACCAUGUUUAGAGUCGCUUAAUCCAUCGACGAAUCUACCUCUCAGUCAGUUACCUUCCAUUCCAAUUCACGAUCAAAUACCUGUUAAACUUCCUCCAGUGCCACAUAAUUUACCAGAUAGUAAAAGUGUUAACGAUAAUACCACCCAAAACAUUAAAACAUUUGUCGCGAGUGAUGUUUCUAGUAAAAGUGAAAACUUAAAACAAAGUGCAGUAAAAGCUUCAAAAACUACCCAGCCUACCCCUGUGAAUAAUGUAGAUACGACGAAUUUACCUAAAACUGUUAAACAGCAUCCACAACCACCAGCAGUUCCACCAGCUUGGUUAGCUAAAACCUUCACCGACAAUCGCAAAGCCAAUGCAGCGCAGGAUGUACCUCAAAUCCUUAUCCAUAACGUGGAAGGAGACACGAAGAAACAAGAUAAAAAUACCAUGACCUCGACGAAUAAUUCUGUCGUUGCAAAUAAGCCAGCAAUGGAACCUCAGCCUUCGUGUUCUUAUAUACCACCCGUACCUGCACAGCCCUCGCAGCUAAAGCCUGAUAAGCUCCCAAAAGAAGUAGAGUUAAAGAAAAUUAGGAAUAAUAAUUUAAAAUAUAAUGCAGAUCGCAAUUUU